CGCAAGCUGCCGGUGGUGCUUGCGGAAUACAAGGGCUGAGCAGCCGGCCGCCCUACACCCCCCGACACUCCUUCAGCAUGCAGGCCGCCAGCAGCUUCCUGGGCUGCACCAGCGGCCUGGCGGCCCGCCAGCCAUGCCAGCCCUCUAGCUCCACGCGCGGGGGCCUCACGGUCACCUGCGUGGCAACCCCCAGCCGUCCCCCGGCCUCUAACAAGGCCAAGCGCUCCAAGGUGGAGAUCAUCAAGGAGAAGAGCGACUUCCUGAGGCACCCGCUGAUGCAGGAGCUGGUCACCGAUGCGCCCAGCAUCGCGGAGGACGCGGUGCAGCUGAUGAAGUUCCACGGCAGCUACAUGCAGGACAACCGCGAGCAGCGCACGUUUGGGGCGGGCAAGUCUUACCAGUUCAUGAUGCGCACGCGCCAGCCCUCGGGCCUGGUCACCAACCAGCUCUACCUGGUCAUGGACGAGCUGGCAGACCUGUACGGCAACGGCUCGCUGCGCCUCACCACCCGCCAGACCUUCCAGCUGCACGGCGUGCUCAAGCAGAACCUGAAGACUGUGUUUAGCACGGUCAUCAAGAACAUGGGCAGCACGCUGGGCGCCUGUGGCGACGUCAACCGCAACGUCAUGGCGCCGCCCGCACCCUACAAGAGCCGCCCAGAGUACCAGUACGCCGAGCAGUACGCCAAUGACGUGGCAGACCUGCUGGCGCCGCAGUCGGGCGCCUACUACGAUGUCUGGCUGGAUGGGGAGAAGUUCUUCGCACACACCAUGGAGAACCCCAAGGUGACCGCAGACCGCGCCUUCAACGGGUUUGGCACCAACUUUGACGGCAACCCGGAGCCCAUCUACGGCCAGCUCUUCCUGCCCCGCAAGUUCAAGGUCGCCGUCACGGUGCCUGGCGACAACAGCGUGGACCUGUUUACCAACGACCUGGGGCUGGUGGUGAUCACCAACGACAAGGGGGAGCUGGAGGGGUUCAACGUGGUGGCAGGCGGCGGCAUGGGCCGUUCCCACGGCAAGGCCACCACCUUCCCGCGCCUAGCCGACCCGCUGGGCUUUGUGCCCGUCGACGAUGUGUUCCAUGUGGUCAAGGCAAUAGUGGCGGUGCAGCGCGACUACGGCCGCCGCGACGACCGCAAGCAGGCCCGCCUGAAGUACCUGAUUUCGGAGUGGGGUGUGGAGAAGUUCCGCAGCGUGGUGGAGCAGUACUACGGCAAGAAGCUGCAGCCCUUCCGCCCGCUGCCCUCAUGGGAGUUCAAGGACUACCUGGGCUGGAUGGAGCAGGGAGACGGCAAGCUGGCUUACGGCAUCUAUGUGCAGAACGGGCGCGUGAAGGGGGAGCCCAAGAAGGCGCUGCGCAACGUGAUUGAGCGGUACGAGCUGCCCGUGACCAUCACGCCCAACCAGAACCUCAUCCUGCGCGACAUCAACCCGUCCUGGAAGGACGACAUCCUGUCCACCCUCAAGGCCGGCGGCGUGAAGGACAUUCUGGACUGGGACAAAAUCGAGGCGCUGUCCAUGGCCUGCCCCGCGCUGCCGCUGUGCGGGCUGGCCAUCGGCGAGGCGGAGCGCACGCUGCCCGAGAUCAACGCCCGCAUCCGAGCCCUCAUGGACGGACUGGGCUUUGACAAGAGCGAGAAGUUUGUGGUGCGCGCCACCGGCUGCCCCAAUGGCUGCGCGCGGCCAUACAUGGCUGAGCUAGGGUUUGUGGGCGACGGCCCCAACUCGUACCAGGUCUGGCUGGGCGGCUCCCUCAACGCCACGCGCCUGGCAGAGCCGUUUGCGGAGCGGGUGAAGGCCAAGGACUUUGAGACCUUCCUGGAGCCGAUCUUUGCGAUGUUCAAGGCGCAGCGGCGGGGCGGCGAGGAGACGCUGGGCGACUUUGUGGCGCGGGUGGGCUUUGACGCGGUGCGCGAGUACCAGGCAGGCUACAUUGCGCCGUCUGCCGCCGACAAGCUGCCCAAGGCCGCCGUGCAGGUGGGCAUCGCGGAGGAUGUGUAUGCGGCGCUGGAGGCGGCGGCGGAGAAGCAGGGGACCACCGCGGCGGCGCUGGCCACAGAGGCCAUCCGCAAGCACCUGGGACUCUGA